AUGGAACUUUCAAAGUCUGUCUCAGAACUCAAGAAUGAAAUUAAAGAAAAAGUAGGAAAUCGAUCUCAUUAUAAUGGCAGUAAUAAUAACUCUCAAUGGAAUAGAAAUAAUAACAACAGUGAUAGUAAUGGAAGUAGCAAUAAUAGUUAUAAUCCUACAGGAGGAAAUAGAUUGCCUAUUGUUUGCUAUGCAUGUGGAAAACCAGGACAUAUUAGUAGAACUUGUCCACAAAGAAAUAAUAAUAAAAGUGGUGUAGCUGCAACAGUACUGAAUCAACAAUCUCAGCAACCUCAACCUGCUCAAUUUAGUACAGCAAUUGUUGGCCCAAAAAGGUUAUUAUUAUUAGGCAAGUUUGGUAUCUCUAUCUCAAUUGGUAAAAGUGCAUCUUGUCCAUAUAUUUGA